UUCUGCUUUGGAGCUGCACGUCUUAAAUCAUCUCGAUUUUGUUGUAGAUUACUCAAAUACGAGAAGAAAUUGUUGUGGCAGGUUUACUCAAUAUUAAAGAGUGUGAAGAAAUCAGUAUCAAAGAGUGUGGAGCAAACUGUAUUGAGACUACAAGCGUUUCAAAUUGGCAUGGAGCAGUCGUCCUUAAAUCCAGCAACGUUGACGCCAGUGUCUUCGCCUAAGGAAGAAACGACCGGUUUGACCAUAAGACAAGUGGCGAAUGUAAAAAUCUGGGCUCACAGGCGGCGGAAAUCACUCUUCGUCCCACAGCGAUGUGAAACAGACUAUGGGAACGCUUUGUUGACGCAUGCAGACUUUCCGAAAGCCAGGGCAAAGUCGCUUUCUGCGUUAAAUCGUGACAGAAAGUUGCAAUUCGACAAGCAAAUGGCCUAUAAAAUGAUGGAACAGGUGCUGAACAUGGAGCUGUCGUUCAAAUCCUACGAUUUAAAAGAGUGUGAAAUUGCGUCGAAAAAGAUCGCCAAGACACUAAAUGAAAAACUGAGCAGCACGUUUGACCUAUCUGGCUGUAAAAUGAUCUGUUUGUGCUAUAUCACAAAGCGUGCCAAACCUUCCUUGGCGAUAGACAGUGGCUGUGCGUGGGAUGAAAUGAAGAGCACUGUGGAAAAGGACGCGUUCGUGGAUUACGUUUACAAAAAUCAAACAAUUGUUGCCGUUGCCUCCGUUUUUGUUAUUUCUUGCCGCAGGUUUCCCACGAGGAAAGUGGUAUUGGACAACCUCUACGCUCAAGGCACAUCAGUACCUAAGGCAAGGAGUGCCGUCAUGUCAGAGCCAGCUCGUAGAAGUCACGAAUCAAGCGACAGAAUGUUUGGCGUCCCACCUCCGAGGAAAGAUGAAUGGGUGGGUUAAGAUUCAUAUUUCUGUGAAUCGAUGAGGAGAAACGGAAUGGUUUUCGUGAGCAUGCAAAUGGAAGGAAUAUAUUACACCAUAGCAUAUCGAGGUUUUAUCUUUAUCACUACGAAUGCAUGGAG